CACCACCCACCCAAUUUUCCUAUAAAUGUCAACUUAGUGCUUACAUUCCACCCACCCUCGUUCAUACUCUCAUUCUCUGCUACACCGUUCAGUUUAGAAAGUUCAAAGAUGGCAGAGACAUUUCUGUUUACCUCCGAGUCCGUGAACGAGGGACACCCAGACAAGCUCUGCGACCAAAUCUCCGAUGCUGUUCUUGACGCCUGCCUUGAGCAAGAUCCAGAGAGCAAGGUUGCUUGUGAGACAUGCACCAAAACCAACUUGGUCAUGGUCUUCGGAGAAAUCACCACCAAGGCCAACGUUGACUACGAGAAGAUCGUGCGUGACACCUGCAGGAACAUCGGCUUCAUCUCAGACGAUGUGGGACUUGAUGCCGACAACUGCAAGGUCCUUGUGAACAUUGAGCAGCAGAGUCCUGAUAUUGCCCAGGGCGUGCAUGGCCACCUCACCAAAAGACCUGAAGAAAUCGGUGCCGGCGACCAGGGUCACAUGUUCGGCUAUGCCACCGACGAGACCCCUGAAUUGAUGCCCUUGAGCCACGUCCUCGCAACCAAACUCGGGGCUCGUCUCACUGAGGUUCGGAAGAACGGUACCUGCCCUUGGCUCAGACCUGAUGGCAAGACCCAAGUGACUGUUGAGUAUUACAAUGACAAGGGUGCCAUGGUUCCAGUUCGUGUCCACACCGUGCUCAUCUCUACACAACAUGAUGAGACUGUCACCAACGAUGAAAUUGCUGCUGAUCUGAAAGAGCACGUGAUCAAGCCCGUGAUUCCCGAGAAGUACCUUGAUGAGAAGACCAUUUUCCACUUGAACCCCUCUGGCCGUUUUGUGAUCGGUGGUCCUCACGGUGACGCCGGUCUGACCGGGAGGAAGAUCAUCAUCGAUACCUACGGAGGAUGGGGUGCUCAUGGCGGUGGUGCCUUCUCUGGGAAGGACCCCACGAAGGUUGAUAGGAGUGGUGCUUACAUUGUGAGGCAGGCUGCUAAGAGCAUUGUGGCGAGUGGACUUGCGAGAAGAUGCAUUGUGCAAGUGUCUUAUGCAAUUGGUGUGCCUGAGCCUUUGUCUGUUUUCGUUGAUACCUACGGAACUGGGAAGAUCCCUGACAAGGAGAUCCUGGAGAUUGUGAAGGAGAACUUUGACUUCAGGCCUGGUAUGAUUUCCAUCAACCUUGAUCUGAAGAGGGGUGGGAAUAGCCGGUUCUUGAAGACUGCUGCAUAUGGUCACUUUGGCAGAGAGGACGCUGAUUUCACAUGGGAAGUGGUUAAGCCCCUCAAGUGGGAAAAGGCCUAAGCAAUUCAUUCCACUGCACUGCUUUGUGCUGGGUGUUUUUCAGGGUUGCCCUUGUAGUUUCUAGUAUUCGUAAACUAUUCGUGUCUACUGUUCUGUGUUUCUCUUUCCCUCCUUUUGUUUCUUCUAUGUCUUCAUUUGUAUUUUUUUCUUUACAUUAUCAGUUAAGGAACGUUCAUUUGUAUUUUUGUCUUCAUUUGUAUUUUUUUUUCUAGUAUCAGGUUUCUUCAUUUGUACCUCUUUUGUGCCCCUAGCCAUUGUAUCUCUUCAUAUGCUAACAUUGAAAAGAGCAUUCGAGUGAGUGAAUUUAUGGAUUGUAAUGCUUCUCUCUGAGUG